AUGUACUCACCAAGGACUCUUUCACGGCUUAGCCACACCGCUGGCAGGCCCGUUUGGAAGAGGUGGUCUUCAAAUUCAACUCGGUUCUCUAUUCAUAGCCAGGGAGAAAGCACCAAGGACGGCCUCAUUCAAAGCGUCAACCAGAGAACGCAACAACUUGGCAGUAAUAACCACUCAACCGGUAAUGCACUCAUUGUGUUGGCCUCUCGUAAAUAUGCUGCCUGGCUGCAGGAUAAGCAGUUCAUGUCAGCUCUGUUAGAGCCCUUCUCAUCGACCAAUCAAGAUUCAAGCGAACUCAACGUCCUUGCCGCGGCGGUGGACGGACUCCAACCUCUCCAGCCUUUUGGUGACAUCCCUCACGGUUUCUCUUUUUACCAUGGUGCCCAGGAUGUGACCUUGCCCAACUUGUGGCAAGGGAGCCCUCUGAAGCCUCAGCGCGACUCAAAGCUGCAAGCAGCCAUCACCUUCAAUCUUAACACUCUGAACCAGACUUCCUCAGUCACAGCUUGCACAUUACCCCUCGCCAACACGAUAUUCCAUAAUGGACUACAGUCUACGCUUCUUGCAAGCCGUUGGCGCCGAUCAGGGACGCACUUGGAACUCGACCACAUCACUGAAAAACAGACACAAGAGGUCAACUUCUCACCAGAGUUUGCAGCCUCGAAGACUACUAUAGAAGCGCCAUUGGUUCCCAUCACAGCCCCUCGGAAGAUCCUAGCUGGUCUGGGGAACAUCAUUCGGCAAAUCGAAGUUGACGGCAAGCCCACACCUGCCUCAAAGGAGCUCGAGACUGCUGUACAGGCACUCUACGACAGACGGAUGAAGGAAGGGCAUGAGUUCCCUCCUGGGCCUGUUGGCGUUUGGGCGGUGGUGAUACCUCCUGCUGCCACCCAGGUUAGCGACCUGGAGCGCCUACAGGAGUGGUCAAACAGGCUACGCAAGGACAGCACUGCCGAGGACGAAUGGAAGCAGACUCUAGACACGAAGAGAUUUGUGCAGGGAUUCUUAGGCCAUGGCGCAAGAGUCUACAGAAUCCUGAGCGGCGGCGGGGGAUGGGGGAAAAAACAAGGCCUCCUCUCCUUGGACCCGGAGACAAAGUACUCAUCAUCAGACGAAGACGAUCUUGACAGCUUCAUCCGCUCCUUCUCCAGCCAGCUCGAUGGAGCUAUUCAAGGAGGCGUCGUCGCUCCUGGCUCGUACGUCCAGUACUUCGUCUCACCUCCCGCAACUGCCAAACCCGAGUUGCCGUCGGGCAAAGGCUCAUUCACGAGUGUUUCUUUCGGUGUCUCAGAGAACGCCCUCGCAGAAGACCUGCCUUUGGCUGAGGGCCCAUCGAACUGGACGAUUGUUCCCGACCACUUUGGCGCCGUAACAAGUCAUGGACUUUUUAUUGCUUCCGGGGCAAGCAAAUCGGGAGAACCCACCGAGUCUAAGCUUGAUGCGCCGGAUUCAUGGAUCGGUUACUCCAAUAUGGCUUCCAACGGCAUCUCACCUUCCAAAAUUGGAGUCAUCUCCAUCGGCGACAUGGGUGUCGGCAUCGCCAAGUUACUCAUCGCCAAAGGAUUCCAGGUUGCAACCAACUGCAAGGGUCGAAGCGAAGACACCAUACAACGCGCGCGUGAUGCAAAAGUUGAGCUUAUAGACUCAGACUUUGACCUCGCAUCUCAAUGCGCUGCAAUCCUUUCCGUCGUGCCUCCGCGCGACGCGGAGGCCACGGCCCAGCGCAUCAUCGACGCCCUUGAUGGCACCUCCCGCAGCGUGCCGCUCUACUUCGUAGACAUGAAUGCCGUCGCGCCCUCGACCUGCAAAUCCAUUGCGGAUUUGUUCUCGCGCUCUCGAGUCCCCGCCGUAUUUAUUGACGCUUGCAUCAUCGGCGCCCCGCCCCGCCCAAGAUCCGCCCCCAACGCCGGCACCAACCUCUCCUCCUCGGCCCCGCAGACCGACGACAAUGACGACUGGUCCGUCCCGGGUAUGCCCAUGUCUGGCCCUCACAAUCUCGCCGAUUUUCCCAUCUCUUCUGGAGAAACAGAGAGCCUAGGUGCCCGCCUCAGUGCCGUGCUGGGCGGGAAGCACAUCUCCCCCGAGAUCGGAGCCGCGAGCGGGCUCAAGAUGUGUUUCGCCUCCAUGUCAAAGGGCUUCACUGCUAUCGCGACACAAGCCUUUACCACAGCCUCCCGUAUCGGUGUGUUAGAUCACCUGCGCGAGGAGUUAUCCACCAGGCUGCCAGCAUAUCUCCAGUUUGCCGAGAAAGGGGUUGUGACAAUGCCGCCCAAGGCAUACAGGUGGGUGCGUGAGAUGGAGGAGAUCAGUAAGACGCAUGCCGAGGAAGGUGGAUUUGGGCCAGAAUUGUUCCUGGGGGCUGCUGGGGUAUACAAAGCUGUCGAGGAGUCGCCGUUGGGAGCAGAGAAGAUCGGUAAGAGGAAGCGAGGCACCACCGUCGAUGAUGUUGCGGCUGCUAUCAUCGAAGGGUUUGAAAGGAAGAAGAAGAAGACAGAGUAG